AUGGCUAACAAAUGUUGGAAAACAUGGAUGAAAAUUGCCAUUGUGUCGAUCGUGCUUCUAUUGACAACAACAGCUGAUUUCACGACAGAAUGUCAAAGGCCCUGUGACUGUAGAUGGCAGUCUGGGAACAAAGCCGCUAUUUGCUCAAACUCAAGUUUGAGGAUCAUACCUGCUAAUCUUAGUAAUGACAUCCAAAUCCUAGACCUCUCAAAUAAUCCUUUGCAACAGUUACACCAAGAAGCCUUUAAGAGGGUUGGCCUUAGUAAUUUAAAGAAAUUAUUCCUAAGAGAGUGCAGUAUAGAAGCGGUGCAUAAGGGAGCAUUUGUCACGCUAGCGAUUAUGAUAGAAUUAGAUUUGUCCAAAAACUUAAUACGAUACCUGCAUCCCGACACAUUUAAGGGAACUGAGAAACUAAGGUUGAUAAAUUUGAACAACAACUUUAUAGAUAAACUAGAGGACGGAACAUUCCGCAAUUUGAAGUUCCUACAGAAAGUGGAAAUGAGCAAUAACAGGAUAGUUAGAAUUGGUACCAAAGCAUUUACAAACUUGCCGCAGCUUAAGAUUCUACGUUUUGAUGGCAAUCUUUUGAACCAUAUGAAGCCGGAAACGUUGAGUGCAUUGAGAAACUUAUCCGGCUUGGACCUUCACAACAAUCCCUGGCGAUGUGACUGCAACCUCCAGUCAUUCCGAGACUGGGUAAUUGGCCACAACUUGUACACUCCUCCAACUUCCUGCGCGGAGCCGACUUCGAUACGGGACAAACUUUGGAACGAAUUAGAUUCAUCAAACUUUGCCUGUCGGCCUACGAUUCUCGAGCCUCUGCCUGACUCUACAAUCAAAAGUUACGACGAUAACGUUACUCUGACUUGCAAAGUUGUGGGGAAUCCUCCGCCAGACGUCAGUUGGCGCUUUAACGGGAAACUUUUAGAAAUAAGAUCUUUUGGGGAAAUACGGUAUUCUACGGCAGAAAACACAAUGGACCUGAUUCGAUGGGUCAACUUGACAAUCAUACAUGCGCGUUACAGUGAUAAAGGAAACUACACGUGCGUCGCCGAAAAUCCUGGUGGAAAAGAUGAGAAAACAAUAUUUCUUGUUCUAUCUAAGUUCUCAGGUUCGGGUACCAUAGCUGGGAUGGAUACGGACUCCUUUGCUAUUCUUGUCGGUUGCUUGACAGCUAUCGUAAUCAUAUUCGGUGCUGUACUAGCAGCAUGCUUUUUUAAGUCACAAAACGUCGAAAUGAAAAGAUUGAUCAAAACGGACACUCGAUCGUCAAAUGGAGAAGCUCUUAUCGAAGGAUCAGUAGCCUCCGAAACGGAGAAAGGAAUAAAGACUGAAGUGAAUCCGAUAACUAAACCCCCUAGAAAAUAUGAAACUCCUAUGUCGCUCACCAGCGAAACAACCGAGAUGUCGGAACUCAACAAGACUUUACUGGAGAAUGAGUCCGUGUUAGCGUCCUUUGAACAAAAUAUGAAACGACGUCAAGAAGUAGAGAUGUCGAAGAUGUCUAGGGAGAUUUUACUGGAUCGACCACCGCAAGAACAUCAAGCCUAUCCUCCGGACCUUCUGACUUUUCCUCUUAGAAAUAAUACUCAAGUAUCGCCUAGCGGGAUUUCGUCUGUACACGAGAAGCCACAAAUGAAUCAAAAGCAUAUAGGAAGCCCGAUAAAAUCACCUAGUUCCGAUACCGACAUAAGCCCAAUGGUAUAUCAUAGGUUUCACAGUCCUAACACGCAUCACGGAACAACGCCGCUCGUCAACCCAAAAGGAUACGUAACCCUACCGAGAAGGCCUAGAGUGAGCUACCCCGAAAGUAUUCGUCCGCAAGUAUUUUCGAAUCUCAAUGGUGUCAUACCAUACUACGAUAGCUUUAACAUGAAACUGUUUGGUAACGGGGGAAACUACUACAGUCUGAACAAGAGUGAAAUGGACCUUGGUCCUAUUGCGAAAUAUUACCUGCAAGACGAUGUAGAGGAUACUGAACCAGCCCCUUCACCGGCUCCAGGAACUCCCCACGCAACGAUCCCUAGGAAUAGCCUAAGUUCUCCGAAUAUACACAAUCAGUUGCUGACCUUACAAGCAAUGUCGAUGAAUACCGCGCAAGGAAGAAAAACUUCACAGCACAGACCGCUGAAGGUUACGGUGGCUGAGAAUGAUAGCUUUCUCAAGAACCCUAUCAAAGAUCAGCGCACGACGUAUAGCGUAAAUGUAGUCAGUGGUACCCUAGGUAGAACGAAAACUGUUCCAAAUCAACCGGCUCAGCUAAGAAAGAGACAUUCCGGGGAGAUUAAAGAACCAUUUCUCAACACAAUAGAAAACGCCACGCAGGUG